AUGAGUAUGGUCCCAGAAUACUUUGUCACUCAUAAAAGUGUGCCGCAUUCUCAAAGACACUGUGAUCCAGAAUGUUCAGCCCCAACAUCAGUCAUCACACCCAACUCUCGAACUGCUCCAAAUCCCGCCUCAACAGAUAAAGCCACUCAAUCCUCAUCACUCAACUUGAGUAUCUACAAUACGCAACGUACAUCUCUAGCUAAAAUCCCUCUGGAGCACAAUAACCCGUGUGACCGAAUUGAACAUGCUCCCACGAUCGCACAAAAAGAACAAUCCAUUUCUAAAAUCAAUCGAUUUAAACAUACAAAACGCUCACGGGACCAGCUCAAUACCGCAGCACUUUUGGCUGUAAACAAGUUUGACAAUAGCGAUGCAACGCAGAAUCUCCCCAAAUCUUCGAACAUUGUUUCUGUGGCUCCCAAAAUUAAUACGGCUAUCCAAUCUUCAUCACUCACCUCUAAAGCUGACAGUUUGAACCCUCUACGCGACUCCUUGGUUUCUAACUCACCUUUGAUCACUUAUUCCAUACCGAAUUUUCACAACAUACCCCCACUUCAGCAUGGAAACCAAUAUUGGCAGUAUGACCGAGGUGAAACAUCUACAUCUGAAUCAAUGCAAGAGGUCUUCUCUGAUCCCUACACCCAUCAAUACCAAACCUUCACUUAUUCAACACAACACACGCAUCCAGCUCCCGACAUACCCCAUUUCUCACCACGCACAAGACACCCCACUUCAACCUCAACACAGCCCUUGCCAAUUUCAACUCAUCAAGCUGCGCCGGCGAGUGCUCUCCCUUGCCCGCAACUUUCAAACCCAAACCACAACGAUAAUUCCUCAGAGUGUCAAAUUACUUAUAGUGAUCGCCUUAAUGGCACUGUAUAUGAUGAGGAUGAUCACUACUUCAGUGAUACACGAUCAAGAGCCGAGCCUCUCGAGCAAACAAUGCCCCCCUACAAUCCCGCUUCGAUAAGCUUGUGCUCUUCAUCUAGUCAUCAAUUUCAAUCUCAACCUAUGUCGCAACCUACGGUUCCUCGCGGCAAGUACCCUACCGCUGGUCCAUCCCGAUCAGACCAGACGUCGCGACCUUUGGUCUCUCUUCAAGAGAGAUUGCCAAUCGCUGGUCCAUCCCGAUCAGACCAGAUGUCGCGACCUACGGUGUCUCUACGACGCAAAUCACCUAUUGCUGGUCCAUCCCGAUCAGACCACAUGUUUCCUCUUCAAGAGAGAUCACCAUCACCUCUUGCUGGUCCAUCCCGAUCGAACCACAUGCGGCAGCCUACGGUGUCUCUUCGAGACAAAUCGCCUCUCGCUGGUCCAUCCCGAUCAGACCAGAUGCGGCAACCUACGGUGUCUCUUCGAGACGAAUCUCCUCUUACUGGUCCAUCCCGACCAGACCAGCUGUCGCGACCUAUAGUUUCUCUUCGAGGCGAAUCACCUAUCACUGGUCCAUCCCGAUCAGACCAGAUCUCGCGACCUACAGUUUCUCGAGGCGAAUUGCCUAUCGCUGGUCCAUCCCGAUCAGACCAGAUGUCGCGACCUACAGUUUCUCGAGGCGAAUUGCCUAUCUCUGGUCCAUCCCGAUCAACUUCCACCAAUCAUACUCCAUCGUUGUUCACUGAACCAAGUAAGUAA